CGCCCCCACGCACCUAUCCAACACACUAGUAUCACCAGUUUACCUCUCACACCGGUUUUCACCAUACAGUCUAUGGUUGUCACUAAUUUAUAUCAUUCUGGGAAUACUUUACUGGACCAUUUCGGGUGUGUUUGUCUCAGGUUACUUACUGCCUAUGUGUAUGUUUCCUAAGAAGAGAUUGUGGAAUGCUGCUGAACGAGACUCCACUUUUUGAGCCCUCCCUGCUCCAGGAGCUGGAUUGGAGUAGCAACACUGUUCCCUUCUCCCCCCCCAUCUCUCCGUCCAGCCCGGGGGAAGGCCUGGUGCUCAGGCCGCUUUGCACUGCAGACUUUAACAGGGGACUCUUCAAGGUUUUAUCUCAACUCACCACGACAGGGGACGUCACACCAGAGCAGUUCACGAAAAAGUUUGAUCAUAUGAAGAAGUCAGGAGACUACUACGUCGUUGUGGUGGAGGACACCAACCUGAGACAGAUCGUUGCCACAGCCACAUUGAUCACUGAACAUAAAUUUAUCCACUCCUGUGCUAAGAGAGGCCGGGUGGAGGAAGUCGUAGUCAGUGACGUGUGCAGAGGGAAGCAGCUGGGUAAACUGUUGGUUUCUGCUCUUACUCUUCUCAGCAAAAAACUGGAUUGCUACAAAAUCACACUUGAAUGUUCACCCACCAACGUGGCUUUCUACCAAAAGUUCGGAUACACCGCAUCGCAAGAGACUUACAUGCAGUGUCGAUUUUCCGACUGACGACAGCAGCAGCUUUAAACCUCCGUUUUUGGAGGGCAUGGACCACACCUUUUAUUUACCCGCUGAAACAUCAAAACAAAAUGUCUUAAGAAUUGGGGAACUUGGCAAAGGAUGAGUAAGUGGUUGUGAUCAUGAACUCAGAAAACAUAAACGGUUGUUAAAGCCGUACGGUACAAAGGCAUCCACCACCACUUUGGUAACCAUAGCUACCUCACCAGGGUGGAGCUCUGUCAUCAUCUUCCUCCAUCAUCUGAUGAAGCGAAUGUUGGUUACUGUAAAUGUCUUCUCAUUGUGAAAAUAACGAUUAUAUUUAUGACUGUUAUCCAAUUGCCAGUCAAUACAAUUGCUAAGGAAUUCUAGGUUAAAUGAAGUUAUAUUUCAGAACCAAAUGAAUAAUUAUCAAGUUCAACUUCACUUCAGAACAAAAAAUACUUAAAAUUAUUCAAACUGGGUUUCAAGGUGUUGCAUUGAUCAUCAAGGGCAAGUCAGCAAAGACAGGAUUUCUUAUUUAAUUAGUUAGUAUUUUGGGUUUAUUGUAGUUUUUAUAAUAUAUAAAUGCUCUGUAUGCUUGACAAUACUGUUGCUGGAUAACUAAUGAAGGUUUGAACACUACAAGACAUGAAGCAUUCAUAUCAAGUCAAGACUGUUAUAUAAUGUAUAAUAUUUCUAGUCAACAAAGAAGGUUUAUAUUUGGUGAGGGAUUAACUAAAGUUCUUAAAGUUUUGUAUCCGGUCGACACGUGAAUAUCGAUCCCAGGUGUGACAGGAACGUUUUGUGAUGAGAAUAGAUAUAGAAGAGUUGAACAAAUGGACUAUUAUUUAAGUUUUAUAAUUAUGUUGUUAUUCUGGAGAACAGGGGAACAUAUUUAAUGUAAUUUAUUUUCCAAAUAUGAAAUAAUCACAUAAAAUAUUCUAUGAUCUAC